AUGAAAGAAGAAGAAGAAGAAGAAGAAGAAGAACAAGAGAAGGAGAAGGAGGAGGAGGAGGAGAAGGAGGAGAAGGGGAUUGGUUUGGUUGGAGUCGGACCGAAAACUUUCAAGCCGCUAAUUAGAGAGUCGGAGAGUCACCAACCAGAAGUCAGCGCAGAUUUUCCGACAGGACAGGGUGAAGACGGGAUCCAGAGCCUCAUAAGCGUCUGGUCUUCAGACUCGGGCGGCAGAUCAAUUUAA